CCGGCAGAGUCACGAACUGUUUGGAUUUGCUUUCCUCCACCAACAAACCAUCCGUCGCACAUCACCCGAUCCAUCAAAAUGGCCUCCGCUCUCAGGUUCAACGCUGCAAAGAUUGCGCGCGCCGCAAAGCCUGCUCGCAUCGCCGGUGUGAGGAACUUUUCCCGAUCGGCAGUUGCUCUCGAGCGCAGCGUGUCCUCUCUUUACACCUUUACCGAGGAGGAGGAGAUGAUGCGUGAAGCAGUGGCAAAGUUUGCCCGGGAGCAGGUUAAGCCCAAAGUUCACGAGAUGGACGAGAAGGAGAUGAUGGACAAGUCUGUCUUCACCGGGCUUUUCGAGCAGGGGCUGAUGGGUGUUGAGACUCCAGCCGAGUUGGGUGGCACUGGCGGUUCCUUCAUGUCCGCUAUCUUGGUUGUCGAGGAACUCGCCAAGGUUGAUGCCUCAGUUAGUGUUGCCUGCGACGUGCAAAACACCCUGGUUAACACCUUGGUCAGAACUUAUGGUACUGACGCCCAGAAGGAGAACUACCUGACUCGUCUCGCCACCGACACGGUCGGAUGCUUCUGUCUCUCCGAGGCCGAAUCCGGAAGUGACGCCUUUGCGCUCAAGACCGUCGCGAAAAAGGACGGCAACAAGUACAUCCUUAACGGCUCCAAGAUGUGGAUCACCAACUCGUACGAGGCAGAUAUCUUCUUGGUCUUUGCCAACGUGGCUCCUGAGAAGGGAUACAAAGGUAUCACCUGCUUCAUUGUGGAAAAGAACAUGGGUGUGAAGAUUGCCAAGAAGGAGAUUAAGCUUGGUAUUCGGGCAUCUUCUACCUGCGUCUUGUCUUUUGACGAUGUUGAGGUUCCCGCUGAGAAUGUGCUUGGCGAGGUAGGCAAGGGCUACAAAUAUGCCAUCGAGAUUCUCAACGAAGGACGUGUGGGUAUUGCCGCCCAAAUGAUCGGUAUUGCCCAAGGCGCUGUGGAUGAAGCGCUGCCCUACAUGUAUCAACGGAAACAGUUCGGCACCCCAAUUGCGGAAUUCCAAGGUGUUCAGCAUCAAGUCGCUCAGAUUGCAACCGAGAUCGAGGCCGCCAGGUUGUUGACGUACAAUGCGGCUAGGUUGAAGGAGGAGGGACGGUCGUUUGUCAAGGAGGCUGCUAUGGCCAAGCUGUAUGCCUCCCAGAUCGCGGAAAAGGCUGCGAGCAAGGCCAUUGAAUGGGCCGGUGGUGUUGGGUUCACCAGGGAAUUCCCUCUUGAGAAAUUCUACCGUGACGCCAAGAUUGGAGCCAUCUACGAGGGAACUUCCAACAUCCAGCUCCAGACUAUUGCAAAGCUGUUGAAGCAAAACUACGUGUAGAUCAGAUUGUCACGAAUACAGACAAUCAGUUUAUUUUGAGAUGUCGUUAGCAACGUAUGGGUUCUCAUGUUUCUUUUGUUUCUUGUUUGUCUCCUCAUUUCACUAGCAUGAGACCUAUGUAGAAUAGACAGUUUGUUUAGCGGGUACAAUAGCACAUUGGAAGGGAGUCGAAGUCCACACAUGUCGAGUUGACAAUUAUAAUGUUGGUCUGUUUCAGG